AUGAGCGCUUCUUUGAAUUACAAGUCUUUCUCCAAAGAGCAGCAGACCAUGGAUAACUUGGAGAAACAAUUGAUCUGUCCCAUCUGCCUCGAGAUGUUCACGAAGCCGGUAGUCAUUCUCCCCUGCCAGCACAACCUGUGCAGGAAAUGUGCCAGUGACAUCUUCCAGGCCUCUAACCCGUACUUACCCACAAGAGGAGGCACCACUGUGGCAUCAGGGGGUCGAUUCCGCUGUCCCUCCUGCAGACACGAGGUGGUGUUAGACAGACAUGGGGUUUAUGGACUUCAGAGGAACCUGCUCGUGGAAAAUAUCAUUGACAUCUACAAGCAGGAAUCCACCAGGCCAGAAAAAAAGUCGGACCAGCCCAUGUGUGAAGAGCACGAAGAUGAACGCAUUAACAUCUACUGUCUGAACUGCGAGGUGCCCACCUGCUCCUUGUGCAAAGUGUUUGGCGCCCACAAGGACUGCCAGGUGGCUCCCCUUACCCAUGUGUUCCAGAGGCAGAAGUCAGAACUCAGUGACGGCAUUGCCAUACUUGUGGGAAGCAACGACCGAGUCCAGGGAGUGAUCAGCCAGCUGGAGGACACCUGUAAAACAAUCGAGGAAUGCUGCCGAAAGCAGAAACAAGACCUGUGUGAGAAGUUUGAUUACCUCUACGGCAUCCUGGAAGAGAGGAAGACUGAAAUGACCCAAGCCAUCACCCGAACACAGGAGGAGAAACUGGAGCACGUCCGAGCCCUCAUCAGAAAGUAUUCUGAUCACUUGGAGAACGUAUCAAAGUUGGUGGAGUCGGGAAUCCAGUUCAUGGAUGAGCCGGAAAUGGCCGUGUUUCUGCAGAAUGCCAAGACCCUGUUACAAAAGAUCGCGGAAGCAUCCAAGGCAUUUCAGAUGGAGAAAGUUGAACAGGGUUAUGAGAUCAUGAGCCACUUCACAGUCAACCUCAAUAGAGAAGAGAAAAUUAUACGUGAAAUUGAUUUUUACCGAGAAGAGGAAGAUGAAGAGGAUGCAGGAGAAACAGAAGAAGAAGAAGGAGAAGGAGAGGACGCAGCGGAAGUAGAAGAGGUAGAAAAUAUUCAGAUAGAGUCAUCGGGGGAAGAGGAACGCCCGGAAAAAGCCUCAGAGCCCCCGCAGCUCACCUCAGAGCUCCAGGCUGCCCCGGGGCCACUUCUUGCUUCCUCUCCAGAGCCACCUUCACCCAUGCCACCUGCUGCAGAUGUCCUGGUGACCCAGGGGGAGGUGGUGCCCACUGGCUCUCAGCAGACCACACAGUCUGAAACUCCAGGCCCUUCAGCAGCGGAAACCGCGGAUCCCUUGUUUUACCCUAGUUGGUAUAAAGGCCAAAACCGGAAAAUCAUCUCCAACCCACCUUGCACCCCUGGGAGUGAAGGUCCGGGGCAAGUAGGGCGUCCUGCUGCUGAGGAUUCCAGUGUGCAGUCUGCAGAAGUGGCAGAAGCCGCAGCCAAUGAGCAGGCAGCAGUGAGUGGUAAGGAAUCUAGUUCACCUGCAGCUACCUCUCAGAUUGGCUUUGAAGCGCCUUCUCCCCAGGGACAGGCCUCAGCCUCGGGGAGUGGGGGUGGGGCUGAUUCUGAACCAGCUCGCCACGUCUUCUCCUUCUCCUGGUUGAAUUCCCUGAGUGAAUGAUAUUUAUUCUGGCGGCCCCUGGCGGUCCGGGUGAGAUGCACAACAGGCAGUGGGUGAAAUUCACCAUGAUGCAUAUGAAUGGGACCUCUGCACGGGAUUUCUGAAAGAAAACAAUAAACCUUUAAUUCCGGAUGACUGACCUAAC